AUGACAACAACCACCCCCAGCGACAAACUCACCAGAGCCCUCGCACUCAUCGACGAAGCCCACGCCCAAGAUCCCCGCCGCAUCACCGUUGCCAACAAUGGCACAGUCCCCUACGAGCUCCACUACGCCAACAAAAUGACCACCUACCUGCACAAACGCACCGCCAACGCCUCCGAGCCGCUCCAGCUCGCCAUCCGCGCCCAGCAUCUCAAACGCUGGGAGGUACCCCGCGACUCGUACCCGGCCACAAAAGCAGGCUACUACGCCUGGCGGACGUACCUCGCGAAACGGCAGGCCGAGCUUGCGGAGCAGAUCUGUCUGGAGGCGGGGUUCUCGGAGGCCGAGGCGGGGAGGGUGGCGGCGUUGGUGCGGAAGGAGGACCUGCGGAAGGAUGAGGAGACGCAGGUGCUGGAGGAUGUGGCUUGUCUUGUUUUCUUGGAUGAUCAAUUUGAGGAGUUUGAGAGGGGGCAUGAUGAGGAGAAGAUUCUGGGGAUUCUAAGGAAGACGUGGGGGAAGAUGUCGGAGCGGGGGCAUGAGUUGGCGUUGGAGAUUGAGAUGUCGGAGAGGGCCAGGGGGUUGGUUGGGAGGGCUUUGAGUGGGUGA